AUGGAACCCUCAAAUUAUGAACAAAUACCAGACAAGCCAAGGUAUAUUGACUUUCCAUCUCUAGAACAUGGUACUGUUAUAGAUGGAAAAUUGGCCUUGAAUCGAUGGUCUCAUACAAUUACAAACGGCCAUGACUUUCCAGGAGCUCAGGCAAUGUUGUACGCAGCAGGAGUGCCAAAUCGAGAAAUGAUGAAGACUGCACCUCAUGUUGGAAUAUCUACUGUAUGGUGGGAAGGAAAUCCGUGCAAUAUGCAUCUACAUGACCUCGGAAAGCUAGUCAAAGAUUCAGUACAAAAGCAAGGUAUGCUCGGAUGGCAAUUUAACACUGUGGGAGUCAGUGAUGCCAUCACUAUGGGCGGAGAAGGCAUGAGAUUCUCUUUACAGACACGUGAGAUCAUUGCAGAUUCAAUCGAGACUGUCACAUGUGCCCAACACCAUGAUGCAAAUAUCUCAAUUCCUGGUUGUGAUAAAAACAUGCCUGGAGUUAUCAUGGCUGCUGCACGUCAUAAUAGACCAUUUGUUAUGAUUUAUGGAGGUUCAAUUAAGAAGGUGGUUGCAUUUACUUAUAAUAAACUUCACGCGGCUGUUGAGGGUGCAACUCCAAGUGACGUUAUGGAAGAUUAUGAACAGAAUGCUUGCCCUGGUGCUGGUGCUUGUGGUGGAAUGUAUACAGCCAACACGAUGUCUACCGCCAUCGAAUCUAUGGGACUUUGUCUCCCAGGAUCUUCGUCAAAUCCAGCCGAUUCGCCAGCUAAGAUGAGAGAAUGCGUUAAAGCCGCAGAAGCAAUUAAGAUAUGCAUGGAAAAGAACAUUCGACCACGAGACUUAUUGACCAAGGAAUCUUUUGAGAAUGCUUUGGUAAUUACAAUGGCACUUGGUGGAAGUACUAAUGCUGCACUUCAUUUCCUCGCCAUGGCUGGUACAGCCGAAGUACCACUUUCCAUUGACGAUAUUCAAAGAGUAAGCGAUAAGAUCCCAUUUUUGGCAGAUCUACAACCCUCCGGAAGAUUCUGUAUGGAGGACCUCUACAAUAUUGGUGGAACACCAGCCGUUAUUAAGCUUCUCGUUGCUGCGGGCUUGAUGAAUGGUGAUAUUCCGACUGUUACAGGAAAAACUUUGAGGGAAAAUGUUGAAAGUUGGCCAUCACUACCACAAGAACAGACGCUCAUUAGACCUUUGAGUAAUCCAAUCAAACAGACUGGUCAUUUACAGAUUCUUCGAGGAAACCUUUCACCUGGUGGAGCAGUGGCAAAGAUCACAGGGAAAGAAGGUCUAGUGUUUACUGGCAAGGCGAUGGUUUUUGAUAAAGAGCAUGAACUUGAUCAUGCAUUGAAUAAGGGUGAGAUUCCGCACGGAGAGAAUCUCGUCUUGAUUGUGAGAUAUGAAGGACCUAAAGGAGGACCUGGAAUGCCCGAGCAAUUGAAAGCUAGUGCAGCAAUCAUGGGUGCUGGUCUCACGAAUGUCGCUCUUGUUACCGAUGGACGAUAUUCUGGUGCUAGUCACGGAUUCAUUGUAGGGCACGUCGUCCCCGAAGCAGCAGUCGGUGGUCCCAUCGCCGUGAUAAGAAAUGGCGAUAUAGUAACCAUAUCUGCCGAAUCCAAUACUUUAAGUAUGGAUGUAUCAGAUGAAGAAAUUGCAGAAAGACUCAAGUCUUGGAAGCUUCCCAAGAGUGCGGUUAAUAGAGGUGUAUUGGCGAAAUAUGCUAGACUUGUGGGAGAUGCGAGCCACGGAGCUAUGACGGAUUCAUUCUAG